CACGGAUUCUGAAGAUGCCGCCAUGCCCACCGCAAUCGUCCUGCGCACCAGUAGGAGGGCUUCCAGAGGAAACAGAGACGCUGGUGCGGAAAACAAUCAGAAUACGAGCGAGGUGGAUCCUCAUGCCAAGCUCAAAAAAUUCCCCCCGUCUACUUCGGACCUGACGAAGCCAAGCAGCUCCGCUUCCGCCGAUGCGAAAACUGCACUGGCCUCCGCCAGCGACGACGGGGGAAGUGCAAGGGCGGGUUUAUCCUGAUUAAAAACGUCCCCACACCAGAGUCAAGAUGGGAAAUCAGCUAGACAAGUCACACACCUUUGGUUGUUUGGCAUGACAAGUUUCGAUCCUUGUAGUGUUGUCCUCGAUUUAGCUAGUUCAGAAGCACCACAGAUCUAGCACAUCAUGCUGAUCCGAGCAUCACAAAUUCCGAAACAGGAACAGAGAAUGCUUCUCAUAGGGCUCCGCGUGAGAAACUUUUUUGGCAUGCAAAAUAGCAUGACAACGCUGGGGAUGUUUUUCCUCUCAAUAGGGAUUGCCGAAAACUUUCCUGUCCAGCUUUUCCACGGCAGGCAAACGGCCAAAAACGGGGCUGGAAAAGUGCACGCGGGGGUGUUGCCGGCCGUGUCGGUCUGUCAAGUCGUCCGUGCGUGAAGUAUUCCGCAUCACCGGCUGGAAGCUCGGUUUGCUCUACGGCAUCGCGAAUUUUUUUCUCUUCGGACUCGCGACCAUUGCGGUUUCUACCUCCUUCAUUUGGUCCAUGCGGUACCUGCAGAUUCCCGGCCCGGAAGUGUCAAAUUUGCAGGCGUUUUGCCAGAACACCUUCCUCCUCGCCCCGUUGUUCGCCUUGUUUGUCGAGCGUGCCAUGUGGCUGGACCGGCUGUGCCAGCACUUGAAACUGUGCGACUCGAUCGUCAAUAGUUGCUUCUUUUGCUGCGGGAAACGCGAGCAACACUCGGGCGGCAAGAUGGUGGGCGACGCGGUGGACGUGAGCAGUAUUCUGAGUAACAACGUCCCCACCCCAGAGUUGUCAUGCAAAUCUGCAUGUCAAAAAAGUUUCUCAUGCGGAGCUCCAUGACAAGCAUUUUCUGGUCGUGUUUUGGAAGUUGUGAUGCUAGAAUCAGCAUGAUAUGCUAGUUCUGUGAUGCUGCGGAACUAGCGAAACAGGAUUACGCUAUGAUGGCAAACUUGUCAUGGGGAACAACCAGAGCUAGUUAAUUUGUCUAGCAGAUUUCCCACCUUGACUCUGGUGUGGGGACGUUUUUGCUCAGGAUAAGCACCAGCCCGGUGUCAUCAUCCCUGCACACCGUGAGCGGACCCAAGUCCGCUCCUGGAAAAGAGAAGUUUGCUUCCGCGGUUGACAUAUGAAUUGCAAAAAUGUCUGGUUCCGGAAGCUUGUAAUGCUCGGUUGGGAAUAGUGAAUGCUCUGUAAUGCACAGCCAAGCAUGAGAGAAAUCUGCGCGGCUUAGUAUUGCGCUCUCCACAUGACAAACUGCGUUUUUGCAUGACACGCAAAAGGCUCUCUUCUUGGACACGCAUCGCAAACUCUUCUGCGUCAUGCCAGACAAGCAUGACAAACCUGGCACUCUUCCAGACCCAGACAUUUUUGCACUUGAUAGGACAAGCCCCGGAAGGUCACGAAUUGUAUUUGCUUCUCGUUGCUUCUCUUUGGCGUCGUAUUCCCGGUCGCGUUGUUCUUCACGAACAAGAGCGAAUUAUUCUGAGUAAAAACGUCCCUACCUCCCCAGAGUUGUCAUGCAAAUCUGCAUUCCAAAAAAGUUUCUCAUGCGGAGCGCCAUGAGAGGCAUUUUCUAGCCGUGUUUUGGAAUUUGUGAUGCUAUAAUCAGUAUGUGUAUACUAGAUCUCUGAUGCUGCUGAACUACCUCAAACAGGACUACACUACGAGGACAAAUUUGUCAUGCCAAACGAUCAAAGCUGGCUGAUUUGUCUAGCAGCUUUCCCAUCUUGACUCUGGUGUGGGGACGUUUUUACAAAUGAUACGAAUACGACGACAUUCUAAGUGGAUACGAGGGAGGAAUGGAUGCAGCUCGUAGUUCAGACACGACCGGUGUGCACGCGAAUUACGGCUUGGGGCUUUCGCUCGCGCCCGGAGAGGACGAGGAGGAUCAGGGGCUGACACUGGAGCAAAUGUUGCAUCGCCAAACCGCAACUUCCCGGGCAUUGAAAAACAAAUCCCUGUUCAUCCCGCAAGCCAUUCUGGUCGCUGCGGGAGUGUCCGACGCGGAAUACUUUUUGCUCCAGGAGAAACUGUAUCAAAUGCAAAAAUGUUUGGGUCUGGAAGAAUGCAAGUUUGUCAUGCUUGGCUGGCAUGACUAGAAAAUCUGUGUUGCAUAGGUACGAAAGAGCCAUCUUAACUGUCAUGCAUAGAGGCAGUUUGCCAUGCGGAAUACAUAAGGUACGGCAGCCACAAAAUUUGUGAUGCAUAGCUGCGUAUUGCGGCACGUCUAUCAUCCACUUUUAGCAUUACAAGUUUUCAGACCCAGACAUAUUUGCAUUUGAUAAACUAAUGAAGGCGGAUAAAAUUCUCCCGGUCUUCGCUGAUAAUUUGGAAACCCAGAUGUUUGAGGAAAGGCUGGAAGAGACGUUCACCUUGCUCAAGAAUGCGCACCAGCGACAGUUGGGGCAAAGCCAAAGCCAGCUUGAUGUAUCUUCGCACGCGUAUGCUGCGCCGGAGCAAAGCAGCGGCGGUGGUGGUGGCGCAACAUUCCAAGUUGUUCAACAGAGCCCUCCGGUUCAAAGCAAUAGCAAGCUGAACAACAGCACAACAACUGCAACACUUCCAAGUGAAGAACCAAGGGCGGAACAGGAUCAGGUUGAGGGAAAUGAAGAUGAAACAGAAACGACCCAAAGUAAAAACGCGGAGGACAAUAUCGGAGAAUCAAGCGGUGGUACAAGCAGUUCUUUUCUCCUUGAUCGCGAGGAGAUCCUUAAUGAUUUUGGAAAUUAUCACGAUGAAAUAGCGGCAAAUGGUAGAAGACCACAAGACCAUGCGGAGGAGGAGGUCGUGUUUGCGGGAACAAAUAAGAGACCGAAUCUCCGACGGGACGAAGGUAAGCGAAAUUCAUCUCAGGGACGACUACGGCAUACAGCUGCAUCAGGAAAGAAUAACGUUGAGCACGAGAAGAGCAAACUGCGAGGUGGGGACAAGCACGAGGGUGGAGAAGUAGGAAGUAGUACAACCGGACGAGGAACUUCUAGUACCUUAGAAGUACAACUAGUGGAGCAAAGAAGUAGAAUAAAAACCAAGAAGCGCCGGAGACUCCACGCCCACCUCCACGACGCAGUUGUAGAGAGUGAAACCAAAGAUGGACUGGAAAAAGCGAUGAUAAAUUCUGCUUCUGACACCAAUUUCGCAAGUAGUAGCCUGGCUGUUUCCGCAACCAAUUCCCUGGCCCGCCACUUUUCCCUCACCAUCGCCUUCACCACCCUGGUAUCAAAUGUAAAAUUGUCUGGGUCUGUAAGAAUGCAAUUUGUGAUGCUGAAUUUGGAUUCCAAAAAAAUCUGUAUUGCAUGAGCAGCAAAGGGAGUGUAAUUUUUGCUACGCGGAGAGGGCAUUUGUCAUGCGGAAUAGGCAUCGCGAGGCCCUCAAAAAAUCUGUGAUGCUAGGGCAUGCAUCACAGACAUCAUAGCCCAGGCAAAACAUGCACGACAAGUCUCAGAAUCUUCCAGACCCAGACAUUUUUACAUUUGAUAGCUGGGGAUCUUUCUCGCCAAGGUUUUGCUCGAAGGACGCAUGGUGCAGUUAGUCCGUCGCCGGAACAGCAGCAACGCGUAUGCAAUGCAAAUAUGGCUGGGUCUGGAACAUCAAACUUGUGAUGCGGGUUGGACAAUCAUGAGGACAUCUCAACUGACGGCCAAGCAUGACAAACUCGUUAUGCUAGGUCUUGCGUAUUCAUAUUCUGCAUGGCAAGUUGCGCCUCUGCAUGACCGAGAAUAAGCGGAGCACUUGAAGUUCUUGGGUACCUAACGUGCAUGUUGACAGACUCUGAGAGCCAUAGUAGGUAACGAGCAUGGCAAGCCUCGCGUUCUUCCAGACCCAAACAAAUUUGCAAUGCAUAACGCGAUGCUGAUCGCGAACUACGGCCAGGCGUGCGCAUUGCUCGGGGCCAUCGUGGGGUCGGUUCUAAUCGGCUGCGGCCUGCUGUUGAGUGGGGCGUUCUUCACAUCCUUUGCAGGAGGUUCUUCAUCCACUAGCGGACAAGACGAAAGUCGAACAUCAGAGCAAACACUAUCAAAUCCGACUACUCUAGAAUCCCAACGGCGACUGGAAUUGAAUCAGCUAUAUUUCCUAAAGCACCACGUGAACAACCCUUUCGCGGUGUUACUACUCGGCUCCGGCGCGCUUUUUUUCGUCGCGGUGUUUGUUUUCGCCACCAACUGGCUGCAGGAGGGGGAGAAGAAUCCCGGCGGGUUUCAGGCGUUGGAAAAGGUGGACGUGAGCGAAUUCAAACUGAAGUCCUUCGGCACCGCGGCGAAGCCCCGCGCUAUCAAGUGUAAAAAUGUCUGGGUCUGCAAGAAUGCGCGAUUUGUCAUGCAGCUUUUCCAUGACCCAUGAAGCCUGGAAUGCAGGACCUAGCAUGACAGAUUCUGCGCGAUCUCUCUCAUGCCUAUCCUGCAUGAGAAACUCCCUCCCGACUUGGUCAAAACUGGACGACUUUUGGUAAUCAUGCAACACAGAUUUUUGCAUGCUUCAGAUCUAGCAUGACAAGUUGCAUUCUUCCAGACCCAGACAUUUUUACAUUCGAUACGCGCGGGGGACUUACCGAAGGGCAUGACGCUGGAACAGGUGAUAUCCUGAGUAAAAACGUUUCCACCCCAUAUUCAAGAUGGGAAGUCUGCUACACAAAUCAGCCGGCUUUUGGCUGUUGCGCAUGACAAGUUUGGCCGAGCAAUAUAAUCGUACUCAGCUAGUGCUGCAACCGCGUCACAGAUCUAGCGCAUCAUGCUGGUUCGAGCAUAACAAAAAAUCUCAAAAAGCCACUAGAAAAUGCUUCUCAUGUUGGGUUUCCGCAUGAGAAACUUUGUAUGCAUGCAGAUUUGCAUUACAACUCCGGGGUGGGGGCGUUUUUGCAUUGGACAGGUCAUCCAAAUGAACAAGGAAGCGGAAAACAAGGACCAAGGGGCGGCGGGGGCAAAUCAGCAGCAGCAGCAAGGUGCGUAUUCCACUUCCGAGUCGUCUAAUUCGGGGAAAGAGGAGAAGAAGAAGAAGAAAAAGGAAAAGGGCGGCCACCACCAUCACCAUCAUAAAGAGCACGCGGCCCAUGCCGAAGGAGAAGCAGUAGAUGCGCCAGAUAGCAGUGAAAAUCAAGUGUUGCAACAUCCUGCUAGUACUGGUGGUGCAAGUGCAACGACAGCAUCUGCAACUUCUCCUGGUGCUGCCCACAUCCCCAUGCCGGAGGAGCAGUCUGGGACGUCUGAUGAAGCAGGGUCAGAGAAAAAUGAGCAUCCUCAUCAGCCGAUCGGAAACCAGGAUCUCGCGGAUAAGGAGGCGGUGGAUAAGAUCUUGCAGGACGACGAAGACGAGGUGGAAGCAGGGGAUGCACAUGCUGAUCAUGAAGCACAUGCUGUUGAACACGGUGUUGAAGCGAUGAAGCAGAAUGCUGUUGCAACAUCUAGUACUUCCGCUCUCGUCAAAAGUAAAAACUUCGCACAAGAGCCAGCCGGUGUCGAGGGGCAAACUAACGCCGACUCGGGGUUGCGAGUAGUUGUAAACACGGGCCAAGGUCUUGUGGGUGUCCAAGUAGCUCCGGAGGAGCAAGUCCUUGUUGGAGCAAUGACAGAGCAGCAAACUACAGGGGCUGCAGAGGUAGAAGAACAUCAAGACGGCCACUUCACAACCGAUGAGGAAGAGAUCGAAGAGGAGGAGGAGGAGGAAGAGCCCAACUUUGACCAAAUCCAGAAAAAACUCCGGCACUUCCAGCGGGACAAGAAGAGGCGGGCCGAGGCGCAGAGGGAAAAAGAAAUAUCACAUGUAGAAAUGUCUGGGUCUGGAAGAAUGCAAGUUUGUCAUGCUUGUCUGGCAUGACUCUUAAAUCUGUCAUGCACGUUACCCAAGAGCGCCACUUUUCUGUCAUGCAGAAACGCAGUCUGUCAUGCAGAAUAGGCAACACCUAGAAGCUCAGAAACUUCUCAUGCUGAGCCAGCACUUGUGGCCUCCUCAUGAUACGCCACCCAGCAUCACAAGUUUCCAGACAUCCAGGGAUUUUUGCAUUUGAUAAGAAAUGGUGGGAAACCACGUGGAUUUGCAAGUGCACGACGAGUAUCAAAUGUAAAAAUGUCUGGGUCUGGAAGAAUGCAACUUGUAAUGCGUAUUUCAGAACACAGACGAGUCUCUCAUGCAUACGUAGCAAAAGCUCCCACUUUUUGCCAGCAAAGUCGGGGACUUGUCAUGCGGAUUCGGCAUUGCGGAAGGUUCUCGAAACCUGUGAUGCUAGAGCUUCCAUGCCAGACCUUCUGUGUCAUGCAAAAACAGCAUGACUCUUCCAGACCCAGACAUUUUUACAUUUGAUAACGAGAAUAUCAGAGUGCACAACUCCCCUCUGCCCUGAUUUGUAUAUGCAAAAUCCGUAUCCGAAAUCCUAUCGCUGCGCUGUGGCACGGUUUGCAUGACAAAUCUACUCGGAAGUAGCCCAAACAGUACUAGGUUAGGCGCAUCAACUUGUCAUGCGGAGGCACCAUUUGAGCUGGUGUCUGCAUUGCUGUUCAUGCCAUACAUUUAAAGAGGAGGGGGAGUUGUGCACUCUCAUAGAGAAAGCCUGGGAUCUACACCUCCUCGUGUGGGUUUUGGCGAUCACCGGCUUAUUGCUGAUGACCUUGCCGUACUGGGUCUUCUCGAGUUCUCUGGCAAGCAGUAGCAGUAGUAGUGGUAGUGCUAGUUCUGAGAUGCUGAGCGCGGCGAAUACCGCAUCAAGAAGUGUUGACCCCGCAGCUGCUGAGCACGACCAAGAUGUUGAUCUCCUUUCCGCGAGUUUUUCCGCCGAUUUUGACCACGAAUCCGGGCGGAUUUCCCGCGUCGCAGCCCUCCCCGGGCUCGACAACACGACAAAGCAGCGGAUUCCAGCGGCAGCCAACGCGCAGUUUGUUCUUCUGUCCGCCGGGUUGACGACGGUAUGCGGCUUAGCGAUCGGGUGCAUGCUGCUGCCGAUCAUCAGCCGCGCAUUGCUGUAUCUGAUGAUAAAAGGCUGCUUCCACUUCACCUUUACCGGGGUGAUUUUCUACUUCCGAAUAUCCUGAAUAAAAACGACGUCCUCACCCCGGAGUUGUCAUGCAGAUUUGCAAUGACAGGAAGAUUUGUGAUGCGCAUCCCCAUGAUAGGCAUUUGCAAUCGUGUUUUGGGAUUUGUAAUGCUGUACACAGCAUAAGCACAUGGAUUUGUAAUGCGGAUGUCCUUUCCAACCUGCACUACACUACGUGCUGCAAGAACUUGUCAUGCGUGACUGCCAAAGCUUCUGGAUUUGUGUUGCGAGGGCCCCAUCUUGAGACUCUGGUGUGGGGACGUUUUUACUCAGGAUACCGAACAAAUUACGCGCGGGAGUACGUCGACGGGCCGCACUUCUCGCUGCCGUUUGUCGCCGCAGAAUUGCCGGUGCUUUCGAAUUAUGCAUUGCAAAUAUGUCUGGGCCUGGAAGGGUGGAACUUGUGAUGCUGCCUUUGGAUUCCAAAAAAAUUUGUAUUGCAUGAGUAGCAAAGGGGAUGUAAUUUUCGCUACGCGGAUAAGGCAUUUAUCAUGCGAAAUAGGCAUCAAGAACCCCUCGAAAAAUCUGUGAUGCUACGGCAUGCAUCACAGACGUCAUGGCUCAUGCAGAACGUGCAUGACAAGUCUCAGAAUCUCCACCCAGACCCAGACAUUUUUGCAUAUGAUACGAAUUUGGCGCAGCUGUUGGUGAUGAUGCUCCUGGCCAGCCGGGCGCGGAAGGCCAUUCCGUACUUAACGUCCAGCCUAACGGGAGAGCACUACGAUGAGGGCGGGAAAGAAGAUGAGGAAGAUCAGGAGCACGGUUCAGACGAGGAAAAUGAUCUUCACGAUGCGCAUGAAGACGAGGACCAACAUGCUGAAGAAGGAAAAAAAGCACCCUCAACAUCACCAAAAAAGUUGCACAAAAACUACGCGAAAGGUGCCCCGGGGGAACAGAACCUCUCUAUUAAAAGGAAAAAUCCCCCCUCCCCAUAUCGAAAAGGCAUCCUUUUGAAAAUUUGUGAUGCUGAUUUGUGGUCACAAAUCAGGUCUGUCUUGCAAGAGAGCAAAGCCGGAGCUUUCGCCGCUUUCCGCAGGCGAUUUGUAGUGCUGCUGCACCAACAGGGCAGACGUCUGCCAUGCUGAGCGCUCACCUCUAGCCAGCGCCUUCCAGGCUUUUUAUCUGCCUGCACUCCUAUACUGCAAGACAGAGCUGAUUUGUGUACACAAAUCCCGCAACACAAACUACCACUUUGAUAUGGGGAGGGAGCAAUUUUUCUUUCGAUACUCUCCUCCACGCAACUGAUUCUCGUGGCCACCUUCUGCGAUUUCGGCAGCCAGAUCUUUGCCCUUGUGCUUUACUCUAUCCCACGAAAAAACUGUUUCACUGUAAGGGUUUUGCAGGUUUUGCAUCACAAGUUUGUUCUACACGACAGAGAAAAUUUGCCAUGCAAGGUCCCUAGGGGAAAACACAGCUAAAAAUCCACUGUCUUGCAUGUGUAGCAAGACACACGCUUGUGAGGAGAUGCAUUUUCUGCAUUACAAGUUUACAGUGAAACAGUUUUUUCUUGCGAUAUACUCCCGCUGGUACUCGCGGUCGGCAACCAUGGACGUUAUCCUCGUGUUUUGUGAAGAGUUUUGCCACGCGGUGGCCAUCGCGUUAAAUUUCGUGUUUCUGCACACCCUCGCGGCCAAGGUGAGCCCCGCCGCGGCAAAGAAAACGUUGCUGAUUGAGGUGCGGAGCAGAAAAACCGUGACGAGCGGGACUGCCGGACGCAUCACGGAGGCGGAAGUUAUCCCGCCCUUGGUGCACAUCGGCUCGUCGGAUCGUUUACAUGUUGCAGGGCUGGAUGACAGUAGUAGAACUGCGAACCCAGCAAUUAUUGCUGCCGGCCCUGUCCCGGUGGAGAUGAUUCACCCGCACGGCAACAUGGAGGCUCAUGCGCACACAGAAGGAGAAGGAGAACAAAGAGAAGAGAACGGGCCGGUGGCAAUUGUUCCAGCCGUAGCGAAUAAUUACAUGCCGGAAGUCGAAGUGGGAGGAGAAGAUGAGGGACAAGGAGACAACGACGAUGGGAAAGAGGCCCUAGUGUCCGCACCUGACACAACAAUAUUGGGAAGGGGAGGUCGGUCUCGGUUUAUUCCUCGCAAGGCAGAGGGCGAAGCGGCGAAUCCGGAAGGGCAGCAGCAGGGGCCACCUGAGGCUCAUUUACUUCUAGAGGGGACAAAAAGUAGCAGGAGCAACACCACUGGUGCGACCGGACAACCGAUUUCCGCCUCUUCAAACGUCAACUCGUCUCUAGACAGUGUGGCUCUCGCCCGAGAAAAUCAAGAGUCGACCUUCAUUCACUUCGCCAACAAGAGCGGGGGUAAUAUGAACUCGACUCAACAGCAACAGCAAGUUCUUCCGCCGCAGGAUUAUGUUGAACAAACAGCAGUGACAACAACUUCGAAUAGUAUCAAAAUCCCUUCAUCAACCUCUACUGACGUUAGUAUAGCCGACAAAACAAUUGAUGUUCCGGAAGAAGUGGUGACAAACAAAUUAUGCAAAGAAAAAAGUGUUACAGUUACACAUUGUGUUGCAGGCCAAGCAAGACUGACAAGCUCUGUCAUGCACAAAAUGCUUUUAAGCCUCAUUUGGUACGUGUUUUCCCUUAUGAUCUCUGCAUUGCAAGUUUUUGUUUUUCCUCCCAUGCAGAGAAAAUCUGUGUUGCUAAAUUGACAACAGAUGUGUAACUGUAAUACUUUUUUCGUGGGAUACAAAUCGGUUACCAUCUACUACACCAACGCGUACCUGGUCUACGCCAUCGUUCUCUCCUGCUUUCUCCUCGGCGAAUCUCAGGGUGCAGCCAACGGGGCGAUUCUGUGCGAGCUGUUCGGCGUGACGCCGAACUCCGAUUUGUACGAGGGGCAGUACAAAUUUUCGAAAUUUACGUACCCUGAGUAAAAACGUCCCCACCCCAUGGUCAAGAUGGGAAAUCUGCUACACAAAUCAGACAGCUUAGCUUGUUGCGCAUGACAGGCUCGGCCUCGUAGUGUAAUCCUGUUUAGUUCGCUGGACAGCAUCAUAGACCUAGCCUGUUAUGCUGAUUGGAGCAUUACAAAUUCCAAAACUACACUUGGCUAGAAUAUGCUUCUCAUAGGGCUGCGCAUGAGAAACAUUUUGAGCAUGCAGACCUGCAUGACAACUAUGGGGUGGGUACGUUUUUACUCAGGAUAUUACGGGGGUCCAAGUGAUCGCCAUCUGCUGCAACUUAUCAAAUGCAAAAAUGUCUGGGUCUGGAAGGUUCUCAAACUUGUCACGCACGGUUUGCAUGAGCCAUGAUGUCUGUGAUGCAUGCACUAGCAUCACAAGUUUUUUGAGGGAUUCUUGAUGCCUGCUUAUUCCGCAUGACAAAUGCCCUCUCCGCGUAGCAAAAAUUAGACUCCUUUUGCUGCUCAUGCAACACAAAUUUUUUAGACCUCCAAAUGCAGCAUCACAAGUUGCAUUCUUCCAGACCCAGACAUUUUUGCACGUGAUACAACUUUAUCCCGUUGUUGUUUCUGCGAGCGCUGGUCUCCCCCAUCGAUAGCAACCACGGCGAGCUGGAAAUUAAGAAGUUGUUCCUGAACCAGGGCUCCAUUUUGCGAAAAUUGAUCUACCGCGAGAAGGAAAACACCAGUCUGCAGAAGAUCGCGGAGAUUCACGUGACCCGGCAGCAGGCCAUUGCCAUGAAUCCGGCGCGCAAAUACGCGGAAACAGUCGCGCAGCCGGUCGUUUUGAAUCCGUUCGACGAGUACCACAUUGGCAACGUGUUCGGCUCCCAACUGCCGUCGUUGCUGCAAGACGAGUCGCAGGCGUUCGCGAUCCCGUCCGAGAUCGCGUACUGGGAUGAGACUUCGCCGCAGGAACGGCGGAAAUCGCGGCUGCAGGAAUACAAGGCGCACAGCAAGGUCGGAUCGGAGUCCGAGGGAAUGGACGACUACCACAACAUAUGGAUUGCAAAAGUACUAUCGUACUAGGAGUAAUCGCAUGACAAAUUUCCUCAAAUGGAGAGGAGUUUGUAAUGCAGACUUACCUUGAGAAAAGAAAUCUGUGUAUGCAAUUACCACGAGUACGAUACUUUUGCAAUGCAUACAACAUGCCCUCGCAAUCCGGCUCCAUGUCGAUGACUAGUCGGGCACAGCUGCUCGCGUCGAGUACCAUGGGUAGUAAGUCGCUGUUAUUCGACGAAUCCGAUCACGGGUUUGCGGACACGGGCCACAACAGGCGGCCGACAGCCACCGGUGGGAGCGGCCUGAUGGAGCCGGGGCGGAGGACGGCGGGGGGUCACCACCGGAAAACCUCGGGUUCCCCGUAUCAAAAGGAAAAAUACCCCCACCCCCGAACUUGGGAGCCUUUGUACUGCAAACCUUGCAUCUAUUUGUAUUCCAAAUGAAACAUUCGCCGUCUUGCAUCUAUCAGCAUCACAAGUUUCUUAUCGUGAAUAGCAAAAAUUUGUAUUGCAAAAGACCCCAGCACGAGCGGCGCUUGUCAUGCAAGCGAUGCGAUCCAUGCCUAGACUCAGCAUCAGAAAGAUUCAUACUCCUUUCAUGCAUGACAAAGAGUUUUCAUUUGGAAACUUCGCAUCACAAAUUUUUGCAAUUUCAGGGGUGGGGGGCAUUUUUCACUGUAAUACCCCGAGUCAGCACUCGCGGGACCCGAGUAAGGCGUCCGUCGCCGGUAUCAAAUGUAAAAAUGUCUGGGUCUGGAAGAAUGCAUGUUUGUCAUGCUUGUCUGGCAUGACUCUUAAAUCUGUCAUGCACAUUGCCCAAGAGACGUUUUUUUCUGUCAUGUGGAGACGCAGUUUGUCAUGCAGAAUAGGCAACACCUACAAGCUGAGAAAUUUGUCAUGCUGAGCCAGCACUUGUGGCCUCCUUGUGCUACGCCACUCAGCAUCACAAGUUUCCAGACCCAGACAUUUUUACAUUUGAUAGCCGGGGCGCCGCAGCUGCACCUGGCAGAAGCUGAAAUUGGGGAGGGAUAGACAGCUGCGCAGUAGUAGAUUAGUCUUCAAUUUCGAAGAAAGCGAGGCUGGUUGAAGGACUGUCAUCGGCGUAUGAUGUUGUACUUUAGUUAGUUUACACUCAACCUUUUAAACCCUAAAAACAGCAUCAAAUGGUUUUUGAAAGUAGGCCUAGGAUCUUCCCGGUAUUGACUCGCAACUAUAUUUUUUUUAACCACGACUUCUGGCAGAGAGUAGUAACAAAAGAUGCUAGAAACAAGAAAUCUUUCGCACUUCUACUUUUUUAAGCUCCGUAGUACAAAAGUAUAAUUGCUACGAAAGAUAUAGCAUUUUCAAUUUUCCUCUCUCUACCCCACGGCACACUGAGAUGACACGACAAAGGAUCGGCGUUUUCUCCUUCUGUUAGAUGAUUCAUCUCCAGGCUCUACAU